AAGGAGGAGGAGGAGGAGGAGGAGGAGGCAGGUAGUUCAGGUGAGACCCAGGUGAGGUUUGUCACCAGUAUCCUUGAACACGUCUGUGAGCAGAGCGCGAGCUGCAGCUCAUGAUGGUGUAAUAUGGUCCUGAUAUACAGACUCUGCUCUGAAGGCCCAACAUGCUGUGGAUGUUCUGGACAGUUCUGCUGCUUCGCACCUUCACCACAGGACACGACACGCUGCAUGAAGGAUACACCCUCUCACUGUCAGGGUACCAUGUGUGUACCGGGAUCGAGCUCGUUCCCAUGACGACAGUGAUCUCAUAUAAGAGUGUUUACACCCAGAUGGUGCCGUGUGGCGGUUGGCUGCCGUGGAAAAUGUGUAACGUGACACGCUACCGCACCGUGUACCAGACUCAGGUCGUCAACUCGGAGAAACCGGUGACGAAGUGCUGCGAAGGCUUCGAGCAAGUGGGCAGUUACUGCGCUCUGGCCCUCGACAGGAGUUCUGAGUUUACGGCUAAACCUGGAGUUUGUCCUGCACAUCCUGUCUCAGGUCCUCUGUGUCUCUGGGACUCGGAUUGUCCUCACUGGCAGAAAUGCUGCCAAACAGGAAACCAGAGUGUCUGUGUGGAGCCUCAGAGCCCCGUGAAUAUGACCUCGUGGCUGAACGUGACAGUGACGGUGAAAACAGCGUUCAGUUUGGUGGACACGAGCAGUGGGAUGUUGAACCACACACGUCUGCUGCACUCUGUGGUGAUGGGAGCUCUGAGCUCUGUGCAGGUCUCAGUGUACCACAUGCACUCGUGGUCUUCAGGAUGGUUCAGUACGUCCUCCUGCCUCCUGCUCGGCUCGUCUCAGCUCCUGUCCCUAACCAGCGUCUCUGACACACUCCUGCUCCUGCUAGGGAACAUAGACGAGGUGACGGCUGUGGACGUCAGGGAUGUGGAUGAGUGUGCCACGCCCGUGCUGAGAGCCUGCCAUCCCCUUGCCCACUGCUCUAACACUCUGGGAUCCUAUAAUUGCACGUGUGCUGCUGGAUGUGUGGAUCUUCAGCCCAGCAGGCCAGGAACACAGUGUAGGAACACAUCCUCCUCCUCCUCCUCCUCCUCCUCCUCCUCUUCCUCAGAUUGGAAUAUAAUCAGCUUUGGGCCUCUAAGGAAACGUCCUCAGCAAAUUACCUCCACUACUUUGUCCACUACUACAUCCAGUACACCACCUACUACAUCCUCCACUGCUAACUUCAACACUUCCUUCACUUUCCCACCACCCGUUUCUCGCUGCAGCUCUAAGUCCAGCUCGAGUCCUGAGCUCACUAUUCCGUAUGUCACCAACCUCUGGGUCAAAAACGUCACAAGCUCAUCCUUCCAGCUGUUGUGGAACUUUCCUCUUCACAUCAACCUCACGUCAAAGCUCAUCCUCUUCCAUGGGACCCACCAGCUGGGCAUCGUGGAAACGGAGCUCUCUGAUUGGACAUGGACCAAGCUUCAGCCUGGGGGUCUGUACACCGCCCAUGUGGCCCUGUGUAUGUGCGGUUCCUGUGGAAACGCCACCGAGCUGAAGGUGAAGACAGAUGCACAGAUCCUCAGAGCUGUUGUCCGAAUAACCAACGUUAACUUCACCGUGGAUCUGCAGAACCCCGAAAGCACAGAGUACAAGACGUUUGUUGAAAAUGUUAGAAACGAGACUCUUCGCUCUCCCGACUUCUGGGUCCGGAACUUGGUUCACUCCGGGAAGGUGUUAGUUUUAAUCUCUCAUCUGGCUCCAGGCAGCGUCGUGGUCACCUUCACGCUCGUGUUCCUGCCCACCGAGCAGGACAACUACAAAAUUGCCAUUUAUCUGAUGGAGUCCCUGCAGAACAGCUCGCAGUUCACCUGCGACAGAAACUUCACCGAGAUCACGGAUGUAGAUGAGUGCGCUCUGGGUGAGAUGGACUGUUCCUCAGGGGCCAAAUGUGAGAACACCUUCGGUUCCUACACCUGCGUGUGUCCCCAUGGUUACACUGAUGCAAACCCAGAGAGGCCGGGACGCACCUGCCAAGAGAACGACAUGACAGUUUCCGAUUCUUCUCCAAGUCCAUCUACCACGACCAUCUCUACGACGUCCACCAUGAGCUCUCUAACCGAAGCCACAAAUAUAACAUCCUCUAUACCUGUCACACACGGCACAGAUGUAACAGUCAGCUCAUCCACAGCAGACUGGUCUGAUAAGAAAACCACAGAAUUGACAAGCACAUCAUCCACCAGUUCCCUCACCCAAACCACAACAAAAACAGCUUCAACCUCCACCUCCAACACCACCAUCAUCUCUCAAACGGAGCUCAUCACAGUGGAGUGCGGUCCCGGGUACAUGGUCGUAUCCGUGUCACGGAUUUUCCUGGAGUGGAAACACAUCUCAGAGUCCUCGCUGUACCUGGGCGCUCCCAGCUGUAACGUGACUCAGGUGAACCUCAACCACGUCAAGCUCCUCGUGGAAUGGGGAACAUGUGGAACUCAUCUGCAGCAAAACAACCAGAACAGCACGGUGCAGGUGACCCUCUAUAACACGGACAUGCGGCUCCAGGUUCCCGUCAUCUGCACCUACAUCAACAGUUUUAUCAUCUCUGCAGGAUACAGCACCUCUGGAUACAACACGAUUAACAAUGUGGUGGAGGGAUCCGGGAUGUACCACGUGACCGUGCGCUUGUUAAAUGGGACAAACCCUCUGCCUCAGAACUACACCCUGUCCCCUGAAGAUGAGGUCAUCAUUGAGGUGGGGCUGAACUCCAACAUCUCACAUAUUAAAGUGGUCAUUAAUAAAUGCUGGGCUCAUCCCAGUAACAACGCCAUCGAGCCGCCGCAAAGCAUCUUCCACGAGAACAGUUGUCCAGUCCUGGACAAAUACACCAGGGUGCUGCAGAACGGUGAAUCCUCUCACUCUCAGUUGGCUGUAUCUCUGUUCUACCUGGUGGACUUUGACGUUAUUUACCUGCACUGUCAGAUUCAGAUCUGCAUCGAGACGUCAGAAGCCACGUGUCGCCCUAACUGUAACACGACCUCCCGCAUGGCGAGAACCUCCAGAGGAGCUAACGUGAUCGGGAUGGCUAAAGCCUCAUGCGGUCCUCUACUGAAGUCACAUCAGGAAGUCACCCUGCAGGACACGGUGUGGAACAUGCGCACUCUCAGCUUCAUCCUCUUGGCCUUGGGAGUGUGUGUGUUGGCAGUCGCAGCCCUGGCUGUGGCUUUGUUCUGCAGACGCAGGAUGGGAAACUACAACUUCCAGUUCAAGCCACGUGAGGAGAACUUCACCUACCACGUCUUCAACACCUGAACACCUGAACACCUUCAGUCCAUCACUCCAUCGCUGUCCUUUAUUUAUUCAGCUUAUAUAAAAAGCGAAAUAGCUGUAGCCUCCUGCUGCAUGAUAGUCCUGAGGAACGUUACUGUUAAUAUUGCUGAGCAAAAUUUCUGUCAUCAUCAUCAUCAUCAUAAUCAUCAUCAUCACCAUGUAGAAUAUCUCCUAAUCUCCUCAGAUCUGCUAGUUAAAUCGCAGUAGACGUUUACAGUGUAAAUCUUUAACAUUCAAUGUUUUAAAAAUGAAAGAUUUAAUUUAUUAAAUAAUUACAAUAAUAGAAUUAUAUUUUGUGUAAGACUUGUAUAGUGACUCAG